AGCGUUCUUGGCUGCCGCCGAAGCAUUGCGCUCAAACCACCGCCGCCGUGCUGUUUGGCCAUUCUCCUUCACUCCGCUCCUCACCACUGUCAUGAUGGCCCCCUGCCGUGCUGCCCUUGCGUGCUUGCCAAGUGCGGUUUGCGGCCAUUGGGUUAUCUAGAUAGCCGACUUGGUUCAAUGGUUAGCAUUUCUGCUUUUCGACCGAACCAAGCCCUGUCGCAAAGAAGAAAGCUGGCAAGCUCGACGGCGACCGGGGGAGCUUGCGCUCGGACGGUGCUCGUCGCGAAUACGGCCCCAGGCAGGCAGGCCGCCAGGCCGUCUCCACGACGACCGCAUGAAACGCCCACUCGAAUGCGGGUUGGCCCGAGGCCCUGCUUCCCUUCUGCCACCAUCUACCUAGCAGCAUGCGGCUGUUGUGUGCGCGCGCUCUCUCGUCUCUCUCUCUCUGUGUGUCCAGAGAGGAGGAGCCAAGCGUCCGUCGCAGCACAUACGCACGCACGCACUCGUCGGCUUCCCCUCGAGGCAAAGCCAGCGAGAAAACUCUGA